AAGGAGCUCGGAGACUCGUCCUCCUCGUCUUCUCUGAAGCCGCCGUCCGGAGACAAAUCAGCUGCAGCAGCCAAACCGUCCUCCCUGGAUGCUCCUCCUCCUCCUCCCUCGUCCUCGUCCUCAUCUCUGCGUCCUGCGGUGGAGGCCUUCAUGAAGCAGUUACCCAGAAUCCUCCCUCGGAGCUCCAUCCCCGAUAAGACGCAGCUCUCGGUUCGCUCCUCUCCGCCCUCGCUGGCUCCCAAAGACGCCUCGGGUGUCGGCGGGGCGUCUGGACCCGGAGGCCCGGCCGCCGCCGCCGCCGCCAGUGGUGGUGGGAUGAAGGUGAUCGCCAUGGCGACACUGCCCCAGCAGCAGGGCGUCCCGGUGAUGAUCCUGCCUCAGGGCUGUCUGUCGUACGAGCGCGAGAAGGUCGCCCCGCCGCCACAACCCCCUCCUCCUCCUCAGCAGCAGCCGCAGCAGCACGCCCCCGCAGCUCCCACCUCGGUGGUCCAGAAAGCACGAGGGAACGCCAGCAAGCGCCCGCUGGAGGCGGUGGGGCCAGGCGGCGGCGUGUUUGGUAGCUCCGCUGCUCCUCCGGUGAAACGGAAACGUGGACGACCAAGAAAACCUCGACCAGAGGACGCUCUGCCUCCUCCUCCUCCUGCUGCGCUUUCUCCCAAGCCUCCGCCUCCCACGCCUCCCUCCCACCCUCCCAUCAUCACCUCUCUGACCGGCGGCGUCAUCCAGAAAGCUUCCUCCUCCUCCUCCUCUUCCUCCUCCUCCUCGCAGCCGGUGCUGGAGCUGGUGAUCCAGGACCAGCCGGGUCUGGUUCUCAGCCAGCUGCCGGCGGUCUCGGACCCGGCUCACCGGCUGGUGGAGCACCGCGGCGUGGUGGUGCAGUGUCAGCCGGGCGGGCCUGUGGAGCCGGACCGCCACAGCAGGCCUCUGCUGCUGUUCCAGAGUCCAGGGAACCCCAGCUGGGAGCUGGCGGCGUCCGGACGGACCCCGAUGGUGGAGGUCAUCCAGAAAGCUCCGAGGCCGAGCAACAACAACAGCAGCUCUGCUCCUCCUCCUGCAGCGCAGCUCCACCCACCUCCUCCUCCUCCUCUUCCUCUGCCCACGCUGCACGAGGAGCGGGGCGAGGUGGAGAUAACGCUGGCGCCGUUAGAGCUGCACCUCAACCCGCCGCUGCCUUCCACCUCUUCCUCUGCUCCCGCCUCCUCUUCCUCCGCCGCAGCGGCGAGGAGCGAGGAGGAGGAGGCGGGAGAGAGCAGCAGCGCCUCCUCAAAGAGAGAGGGACACUAGCUGGUCGUCACUCUACUUCCUCCUCAUCUUUUUUUAAUCACUCAGCUUUUACCUCACCUGCCACAAAGCCCCCCCCCCGCCCCCUUACCCGCCCUCUUCCCUGAUUGGUGGAAAUCCCAGAUUGGUGAGAGCAGAGAGCCAAUCGCAGAGGAUAAAUGAAGCCAAAACCUCGACACGCUGUCCUUCCAUCGGCUCUCAUUGCACUCGUAAACAGACUGGACGCUGUGAGAAACCAGUGAUUCUUUAUCUGCAUGUCUGUCUCUGUCCGUCUCUGUCUCUGUCUGUCCGUCUCUUGUCUGUCUGAGAUCAGAAGAACGAGUCCUCAGGUGGCCGCACCUGAAAUCAAACCGCUUCCUCUCCUCCUUCCUUCCUUCCUUCUUCGCCUCCUCGUAUCCUUCAUCCUCAGACUUUGUCAUUUUUCUGUGCUAAAGUUCGUUCAUUCGCUUCAGAUCCAGCGAUUCAUAUAAAAGAAAAAAAAAAGCGAUAUAAAGGAAAGAGUGAGGAGGGGACGGAGACACAUCGGGACGCGGUCCAGCCUGCAGAGGACACAUACAGAAGGUACUACGGGUCAGAGCCUUGUAAAGGCUCUUUGUGCUAAAUAUGAAAAAAAGACCUCUUUAACGGAGCUCCGCCUCGAUUCACCUUCACCUCGCUUCACGGAAAUGUAGGAAAAUAAUAUUUUUGGGAUGCUGUGCUGAUGUUCUCGAGCCUGGAAACGUGAAGAAGGACUGAACGUGAAUCGAAGCUCGGCGCCACUCUCCUCUGUUCUCAUCAGCUUUGGUUUGUUGUGUUUAGAAAAUGCUUCUGAUUGAUAUCUGACCGUCUGUGUGUGUGUGUGUGUGUGUGUGUGUGUG